AUGCGUGCACUUCUCCUUUUCGGCGCGGCAGCGGUUUUGGCUGGCCCACAUAAGGAUAUCCAUGCCUGUGCAUCCAAAAAUUCGGCGUGGAAUGGACAAAAGAUGCCUCCACACCAGCACUCGCUUGCGUGCGGUACAUUCACCCCCUAUUUUGUUCCAGAGGGCUCUGUUUCCCUAGAUGACAAUCACAAAUCUAUACGAUACCUACCCCACACCGCAUGGAAAAUCGCCAACGAUUCUGCAUUUGUUGGUGGAUCAAUGCAUGUCUCGAACACUCUUGGAGCAAACGUGACGGUCAAAUUUAGGGGGACCGGUAUUCAGUGGUUUGGAAAGACUUCACGUCGGCAUGGAUCACCCCGUGUCUUCAUUGACGGUACUCUUACCGGAGCUACUAGCCUUUGGUCCAAGAAGACUUUUGUGAAGCAAAGAUUGUUUGGGCUUUCACAUUUGGAUGAAGGCGAGCAUAUAUUGACAAUCCAGAAUGACGGUCUUGAAAUUGAUGUGGACGCUUUUGUGGUUACUUCUGGAUCUACGGGUGCCAACUCUAAUAAGCCUCGGGCUGAACCCGUAUCUUCAAGCGCACGACCCAGGUGGAGACUUGAACAGAGGGGACAAACCGGUGUUGCAGCCAUGCAGGUUGCAGUCAUUUCGGAUACCGAAGUUAUCGUCAUCGAUAAAGUGGAACACAACCCAUUGAUAGUCGAAGGACACCCUGCGUGGGGAGCCAUAUACAACUUGGAACGUCACACUGUACGCCCGCUGAACAUGAAGAGUAAUUCCUUCUGUGCUGGUGGUUCCUUUCUUGGAAAUGGCACCUUGAUUAACGUUGGGGGAAACCCGAUCGUUGAGGACGAUACCGGGCCCAUUGACUUUGGCGACGAAAACGGGCUACAAGCAAUGCGACUCUUCAAUCCUUGUCCUGGCGCACUCUGUGAUAUGUACGACCACCCUAAAGAAUUGCAUUUGACGAGUUCUCGCUGGUAUCCGACUGUCUCAAGAUUGGAUGACGGUUCGGUGGGUAUUAUUGGCGGCUCUACCAAAGGCGGAUGGAUGAACAACGCGUCUACUAAUAAUCCAACUAUGGAAUUCUUUCCGCCCAAGCCCACCGGAGACAAAGGGGUUGUUCGUCUUGACUUCUUGGCCAAGACCUUGAAUUCAAACCUUUUCCCGAUCGUCUUCACGCUUCCAGAUGGCCAUCUUUUUGUCGCUGCUAACCAAGAUGCGAUGGUGUACAAUUGGAGAACGAAUCACGAGCACAAACUUCCGCCUCUGCCUAACGGGGUCCGUGUAACAUACCCAAUGACCGGAACCGCACUCCUACUACCACUCACGUUCCGCAAUAAUUUCGAACCCGAAGUUCUAAUUUGUGGGGGUUCCACACUAAGCGACCGUAUUUUACCAACGAAAUUGUCUGCCCGAGACCCAGCGUCUAACCAAUGCUUCAGAAUGACUAUUACGGAAGCUGGGAUAGCCGGUGGGUGGCAGGUCGAAGAAAUGCCGGACCGCCGUGUCAUGCCGGACGCGGUGCUUCUACCUGAUGGCCGGGCUGUCGUGGUCAACGGAGGCCGGACAGGGAUCGCUGGCUAUGGAAACGUCAAACUUCAAGUUGGAUCUUCUAACGCGGACGAUCCUGUUUUCACCCCAGUCCUCUAUGACCCCAAGGCGCCCGCUGGGCAUCGGUUUUCGACUGAAGGGAUGCCAUCAUCAGACAUACCCAGACUGUACCACUCGGUCGCAACCCUCGUCCCCGAUGGUUCCAUUAUGAUUGCUGGAUCCAACCCCAACCUUGACGUCUCGACAGUGAAGUAUGGAACCGAAUAUAGGGUAGAAUGGCUAAAGCCGGAUUACAUGUCCUUACCACGUCCAAGGAUUGUGAAAUUGCCGGACCAGAUAGCCUUUAUGGGAUCCUUCACGUUGGACAUCACACUAACAGAGGAGGCAAAUAAUAUCACGGUUUCACUCAUGGAUCUUGGCUUUGUUACGCACUCGGUGCAUAUGAAUUCACGCCUUGUGGAGUUGGAAUGUAAGCUCGCGUCAGACCGUCGUACUUUGACAGUGUCUUCACCCCCUUCUGGAACUGUGUAUCCUCCUGGGCCAGCAUGGAUCUACGUCCUGGCCGAUGGUAUUCCAAGUGUGGGGAGGAAGUUGAUGGUCGGCAACGGCAUUCAGGUUUAG